UUUUGCUAAACCGCUUCUGCGAACCAAUCUAUGAAACCGAUAAAAAAAGCGACAUGAUUGAUUGGUUUGAAUUCAAAAUUUCACCGGUCAGACAAGAAACCCAAUCAUUGUACGAAGGUUAAAAAAAAAAAAAAGACAGGAAAAUAUUACGGUCCAUAAAAAUCGGCCACGUGUUCGUAAUGUUCACCGUCAACAAAAGAGAUUCCGAUUAAGAGAUAUCGAUAAGAGAGAAAGGGGACCCAAAAAAGGUUAGGUGGAUCUCAUGAAAUCGGUGGAGCUCCCCCAUAUCUUUUUUUAAAUAGCUUUCUUCUUUUGGCCCUGUCUCCAGAGAUUCUUAUAUACCACCGAAUCUUCAAUUUCUGCAACUUUUGUAUCUCGUCGACUCUUUUCUGAUUGCCAAAUUCAGAAAACUGUUGUGCUUCUAUUGAAUUGGGCUUCCUCUAUCUUUAUUAUAGAGAUGGAGUCUUCAAGUCCCCACCAUAGUCACAUUGUUGAGGUUAAUGUAGGAAAAUCGGAAGAAGAAAGAAUUAUUGUGGCAAGUAAAGUCUGUGGAGAAGCGCCUUGUGGGUUUUCGGAUUCUAAGAAUGCUUCCGGAGAUGCUCAGGAACGCUCUGCUUCUAUGCGGAAGCUUUGUAUUGCGGUCGUGCUGUGUCUAGUGUUCAUGAGCGUUGAAGUUGUUGGUGGCAUUAAAGCCAAUAGUUUGGCCAUAUUAACCGAUGCUGCUCAUUUGCUCUCUGACGUUGCUGCCUUUGCUAUCUCCCUCUUCUCAUUGUGGGCUGCUGGCUGGGAAGCAACUCCCAGGCAGACUUACGGGUUCUUCAGGAUUGAGAUUUUGGGAGCUCUUGUGUCUAUCCAGCUCAUUUGGUUGCUCACGGGUAUUCUGGUUUAUGAAGCCAUUAUCAGAAUUGUUACAGAGACCAGUGAGGUUAAUGGAUUCCUCAUGUUUCUUGUUGCUGCUUUUGGUCUAGUGGUGAACAUCAUAAUGGCUGUUCUGCUAGGGCAUGAUCAUGGUCACAGUCAUGGGCAUGGACAUAGCCAUGGCCAUGACCAUCACAAUCACGGUGGAAACCAUAGCCAUGGGGUGACUGUUACUACCCAUCACCAUCAUCAUGAUCAUGAACAUGACCAUAGUCAUGGUCAUGGAGAGGACAAGCAUCAUGCUCAUGGGGAUGUGACUGAGCAAUUGUUGGACAAAUCGAAGACUCAAGUCGCAGCAAAAGAGAAAAGAAAGAGAAACAUCAAUGUCCAAGGAGCUUAUCUGCAUGUCCUUGGGGAUUCCAUCCAGAGUGUUGGUGUUAUGAUUGGAGGAGCUAUCAUUUGGUACAACCCGGAAUGGAAGAUAGUGGAUCUGAUCUGCACACUUGUCUUUUCGGUUAUUGUCCUAGGAACAACCAUCAACAUGAUUCGAAACAUUCUAGAAGUAUUGAUGGAGAGUACACCCAGAGAGAUUGACGCCACAAAGCUCGAAAAGGGUCUGCUUGAAAUGGAAGAAGUGGUGGCUGUUCAUGAGCUUCACAUUUGGGCUAUCACAGUGGGAAAAGUGCUAUUGGCUUGCCAUGUCAAUAUCAGACCAGAAGCAGAUGCAGACAUGGUGCUCAACAAGGUAAUUGAUUACAUCCGCAGGGAGUACAACAUUAGUCAUGUUACGAUACAAAUCGAGCGCUAAAAGCGAAGUAAGAUCUGAUGAAGGGUUUUUGUAUCAGCAUUCUCAUUAACAAUAAAAUCAAUAAAGUUUCUACAUUUUUCACU